AUGCCGGAGAUAGAGAACAAGCUGAAAGAGUUGGGCUACGAGUUACCUGCGCCCCGGCCGCCGGGGGCCGGCAAUAUCAUCCCAGCGGUUCGGACCGGAAAUCUGGUGUUCCUUUCGGGCACCGGUCCGGGGCUGCCUGGGGGCGGGUUGCUACACGUGGGUAAGUUGGGCUCGGAAGUGACCGUUGAACAGGGUUACGACUGCGCCCGACAGACCAUGCUGAAUCUGUUAACCAAUUUGAAGGGAGAGAUCGGCGACCUGGAUAAGUUAAAGAGGGUGGUCAAGCUGCUGUGCAUGGUCAACUCCGCUCCCGACUUCGGAGACACGCCCCGGGUGGCCAACGGCGCUUCGGACCUGCUCAUCAGCCUUUUCGGCGACCGGGGUCGCCACGCCCGUCCGCGGUUGGCAUGGCUACGCUGCCAGGCGGAAUGCCGAUAG